AUGUCGUGGGACGAUGAAGACUUUGAUAUUCCAAGCAAUUCCAAGCAAGCUGCUGCAUCUUGGGAAGAGGAAGGUAACGAUGAACCAUUAUUAGACUCGUGGGAUAUAGACGAAGAAGAAGUUGCGCGUAAGAAGAAGGAAGAAGAAGCUAAAAAGAAGGCAGAAAAGGAAGCUUUGAAGAAGAAACAAGAAGAAUCUAAGGCUAAGAAAUUGUCUAAGAACAAGGGACAAAGGGCUUUAUUGGAUAUCGAUUUGGUUGACGAAAACACCAGACAAGAACUCUUGAAGAAGGCAGAGUUAGACGCCGAUUUGAAUAAUGCUGCUGAUUUAUUUGGAGGAUUAGGUGUUGCUGGUGAAGGGGGAAUGGAUAUCAACGAACAUCCAAGGGAAAGAGCAGCUAAGGCCGCUGCUGCGGCUGCUGCUGCUUCAGGCCCUACUCCUGCCAGAUUGACCAAGGAUACUCCAAUCGAUACUCACCCAUUAUUCCAACCAACCGAUAGACAGGAAUACGAAAAAUUGAGAAAGGCUUUGGCUCCAGUUUUGACCAACUUGGCAGAAGACUCGUUAAUGAACUACUCUUCUGGGUUAGCUAUUGAUUUGAUAAGAGAUUUAGCCCAACCAUUAUCUAUUGAAAGCAUAAGAAAGGUCGUAUCGACUUUGAAUGUUAUCCUGAAGGAAAAGGAAAAGGCUGAAAGACAGGCUAGAUUGAAGAAGGCUGGUGGUACUGCCACUGGUGGUGCAGGUAAAAAGAAGGCCAAGCCAGCUGUGAAGACUAACGUCAACACAUCGUUCAAGCAGGAUGUCUUUGACGACAUAGAUCAAUCUAAGUACGACGAAUUUGAAGAGGAUGACUUCAUGUAA